AUGCAAUAAAUUCCAAUCAACUUGUUGAAAUAAUUCAUCAAAUCUCUACCUUAAAGUGAUUUAUCAUUUGCCUAUGGGUCAGCUGUUCAACCUUAAUUCAAUUAUGAUUAUACAAAAAACAAACCUAUGAUAGAUUUAAUUAUUGCUGUAGAUAAUGUGGAAGAGUGGCAUCUCCAGAAUAUUCAGAUCAAUUCAACACAUUAUAGUGGUUUAAGCUAUUAUUUAGGAAGCAGAUUCAUAUAGAGAAUGAAUGUUGAAAUAUUCCCAAUCCAUUUCAGUCCCUUUGUUUAAUAUUAGGAUUUGAAAUUGAAAUAUGGUGUUGUUGCCACUAAAGAAUUGAUCAAAGAUUUAGAAAAUUGGAAAUGGUUAUCUAUUGCUGGGAGAAUGUAGAAACCAAUAGUCGCUAUUUAGGAAUCUGAAAAUUUGAGAUUUUAAAGAGCAUGCAUAUCUAAUUUAUAAAGUGCCAUAGCUGUUGCUAUUUUGAUGGAUUUCAAACCAUCUAUGUCGUUAUAAGAGUUACUGUAUAAUGUCAUCAGUUUAUCUUAUUACGGUGACAUUAGAUUUACAUUGGGAGGCGAAAAUCAAAACAAAGUUUUCAACAUACUCAAAGGAAAUUAUAAAAAUAUUACUGAUCUCUACCUUACCAAUCUAGGAGAUCUUAAUAAUGUGAUUAAAGUCUAAAAAGAUGGUGAGAUCUUAAUCGACACUAGCAUAAAAUCCUUGGAAUUCUUAUGUUCUUUGAUUCCUGGAUAAUUGUUAAGUAUUGUAUUAGGUGAAAAGGAUAAUAUGGGAUCUUUAAAAAUGAUGAGUUAGGAUAGAAUCAAGGAUCUCAUCAAAGAAAGUAUUAAAAGAAAAAAUCAAUUCUCUUCCAGACGCAUGUUAUUCUAUAACUUGGCCAUGAUAUCUCCUUUUUUAAGUGUUAAGUACGGAAUUUAGAAGUUAAGCAAACGCUUUAAAUGA